AAGCAGACGAGAUAUAGUGUAGUAAGAAGAGGUGGCAGGGCAGCAAACUGAGCAGAGGAGAGAAGACAGUGGUUUGCUUAGGAAACAGGAGUGUGGUGAUCAACCUGUUGUAAUACUGGAGUUCAGAGAAGAUUCCUUGUACAAAUCUGAUUUGGAGAAUUGGAGUAGGACUCUAGGGCCACAUAUUGAAAGUAAGAGGUUAUAGAAAAUCUAUAAGAUUCUAAAUUCAGCAAUUUUUUUUCCAACUGAAGAAAAAGCAAAACCAGAACUGUGAGAUUUUUAUUUUAUGAUUGUAAAACACUCAACUGUGGGUUUGGGAGAUUGCUGAUUGAAAGAAGUUAAUGUGUUGGUUGAAUCUGGCAAUGUGGAACCCAUGGAUAUGGAGGGCUGACUAUAUACACCAUGUUUUUUCCUGGCACAUCACUCAACUACUAUUAGCUGGCAAGUCAACUCACAUUGUUGGAAUGACUAGGGACAACUAGACUUCAAGUGAUCUUUCAUCCCAGGAAUAUAAAUAGUUUCUGGAAAGGACACUGACAACUUCAAAGCAAAAUGAAGUUCUUUCUGUUGCUUUUCACCAUUGGGUUCUGCUGGGCUCAGUAUUCCCCAAAUACACAACAAGGACGGACAUCUAUUGUUCAUCUGUUUGAAUGGCGAUGGGUUGAUAUUGCUCUUGAAUGUGAGCGAUAUUUAGCUCCGAAGGGAUUUGGAGGGGUUCAGGUCUCUCCACCAAAUGAAAAUGUUGCAAUUCACAACCCUUUCAGACCUUGGUGGGAAAGAUACCAACCAGUUAGCUAUAAAUUAUGCACAAGAUCUGGAAAUGAAGAUGAAUUUAGAAACAUGGUGACUAGAUGUAACAAUGUUGGGGUUCGUAUUUAUGUGGAUGCUGUAAUUAAUCAUAUGUCUGGUAAUGCUGUGAGUGCAGGAACAAGCAGUACCUGUGGAAGUUACUUCAACCCUGGAAGUAGGGACUUUCCAGCAGUCCCAUAUUCUGGAUGGGAUUUUAAUGAUGGUAAAUGUAAAACUGGAAGUGGAGAUAUCGAGAACUACAAUGAUGCUACUCAGGUCAGAGAUUGUCGUCUGGUUGGUCUUCUUGAUCUUGCACUGGAGAAAGAUUAUGUGCGUUCCAAGAUUGCCAAAUAUAUGAAUCAUCUCAUUGACAUUGGUGUUGCAGGGUUCAGACUUGAUGCUUCCAAGCACAUGUGGCCUGGAGACAUAAAGGCAAUUUUGGACAAACUGCAUAAUCUAAACAGUAACUGGUUCCCUGCAGGAAGUAAACCUUUCAUUUACCAGGAGGUAAUUGAUCUGGGUGGUGAGCCAAUUAAAAGCAGUGACUACUUUGGAAAUGGCCGGGUGACAGAAUUCAAGUAUGGUGCAAAACUUGGCACAGUUAUUGGCAAGUGGAAUGGAGAGAAGAUGUCUUACUUAAAGAACUGGGGAGAAGGUUGGGGUUUCAUGCCUUCUGACAGAGCACUUGUCUUUGUGGAUAACCAUGACAAUCAACGAGGACAUGGGGCUGGAGGAGCCUCUAUUCUUACCUUCUGGGAUGCUAGGCUGUAUAAAAUGGCAGUUGGAUUUAUGCUUGCUCAUCCUUAUGGAUUUACACGAGUAAUGUCAAGCUACCGUUGGCCAAGACAGUUUCAAAAUGGAAACGAUGUUAAUGAUUGGGUUGGGCCACCAAAUAAUAAUGGAGUAAUUAAAGAAGUUACUAUUAAUCCAGACACUACUUGUGGCAAUGACUGGGUCUGUGAACAUCGAUGGCGCCAAAUAAGGAACAUGGUUAAUUUCCGCAAUGUAGUGGAUGGCCAGCCUUUUACAAACUGGUAUGAUAAUGGGAGCAACCAAGUGGCUUUUGGGAGAGGAAACAGAGGAUUCAUUGUUUUCAACAAUGAUGACUGGACAUUUUCUUUAACUUUGCAAACUGGUCUUCCUGCUGGCACAUACUGUGAUGUCAUUUCUGGAGAUAAAAUUAAUGGCAAUUGCACAGGCAUUAAAAUCUACGUUUCUGACGAUGGCAAAGCUCAUUUUUCUAUUAGUAACUCUGCUGAAGAUCCAUUUGUUGCAAUUCAUGCUGAAUCUAAAUUAUAAAAUUUAAAAUUAAAUGCAUAUCCUCAAAACAA